GUUUUAACUUAAAAUUUCGAAUAAUUUCAGAUGGAGGAUCCAGUUAUCAGCGAAGAGAGUAAUAUUUCAUCGUCAGAAACCCCGGCAACUCCAACAGACAGCCAAGAGGCAGCUUCCAGUCAACCGGCUCCAAUUUCAUCGCGACGCGAGACCGUGAACCGGAAUGUUUAUAUUAUGCUUGACGUAAAUCAUCGCAAGGUCGAGCCAAAAGACAUCAUCGAGUACGAAUGGCCUGUAAAAUCCGGAGAUCGAUGGUUUUUGCAAGAACAAAUCGGAGAACUGCUCGAUAUUAAGUCUUUCUCCAGAAAAUACCCGGAUUUUACACGCCGGAAGGUUAACCACGAGGAACGCGAGUUUUUGGAGUGGAAUUUCAACGUUCACAAGCUUCUCAACGAGACAUUGCUCCGCGACAUGAACGCAAUGCGUGCCAGCGAAAUUCACGAUAUGAUGCAGUCAGACUUUGGAGACAUCUACAUGGAAUACAAAAAGGUCGUGAGCCAGCGAGAACGAGAAGCUCAGCUGGAAAAAGCCAAGGAAAUGGAGGCGAUUAAGAAUGAUUCGGUGAAGCUCGCCGAGCUCCGACGGAAAGCCGUUCAAAAUGCUGUCGAUUUUAAUAAAGACAUUCAAAAUCAGCGGCGGAACGAGCGGAAACACUUUUGGGAUAUUCAGACUAAUAUCAUUCAAUCCCGUCGAAAUUCGUGGAAAGUAAUGAAACCAGAAGCCACCAGACCGGGGCCAUACCCGGUAGCACUAAUUCCCGGACAAUAUCAACAUUAUUUCAAGAAAUUCAGUUCAGAAGAGCUUAAUCGUUUGCCUCUGGGAACCGUCAUCGAGUCAUCCCACCUCUAUCCAGCAGUCCGUGAGCCAUCACCCCCACCGUUGAACAUUGCCGAGCAGGAUUUGGUACGAUUCGAGAGGGAAGAAGCCAUGAGAGCUCGGGAAGCAACUCUCAACACGACGCCACAAUCGUCAAUGGCUCAGAUUAAACAGGAGCCAUCCUACAUUCCACCACCAAUUGAUCCGAGCCGCCCGUGUGAUUCGUGCGAGAAGACUGGCGGAGAGAUGAUAUGCUGUGCGACGUGUAAAAUCGCCUAUCAUCCACAGUGCAUCGAGAUGCCCGAACGAAUGGCGGCGCUCGUGAAAACGUACGAAUGGAGCUGUGUCGAUUGUCGUCUGUGCUCGAUUUGCAAUAAACCCGAGAAGGAGGACGAAAUUGUGUUCUGCGAUCGAUGUGAUCGGGGAUUCCACACGUAUUGUGUCGGACUGAAGAAGUUGCCACAGGGAACGUGGAUUUGUGACACGUACUGCGCCAUUGAGAACAUGAAAUUCAAUAGAAGAGCAUCUGCUGCUGCAGUCGGUGGUGGACGAAGAUAAAUAAUCGAUUAUCGAUUUUUUACCCCAUUUUUUUUAAAAUUUAUAACUUACAUUAAUUUUUUCCUAUUGUAAGUAUCGAGGGUGUCGUAGAAAAAAUUCCUUUUUUUUCGGAAAAAAUGAGCAAAUUUUUUUCCAAAAAUCGAAAAAAAAAACCAGAAAUAAGCAAAUUUUUCCAGAGAAAAUCGAGAAAAAACAUUAAAAUUAAUCAUUUUUUCAAAAAUCGAAAGUUAUUGAUUUUUAUUGAUUUUUGGAAAAUUUGGAGCUAAAUAAAAGUAGAAAAUCUGGAAAUUUUUGCAAAAUUUUCGCGUUUUUUAAUCUGAAAUGUUUAGAUUUUCAGCGAAAAAAAAGAAAAAAAAAUUUUAUCAUCAUUUUUCUCCAGAAAAUCUGAAAAUUUCAAACUUUUAUGCUUAAAAUCUGGAAAAUUCUAUUUUAAAAAAACUCAUUUUGGUUUUUAGGAGAAAACUAGUAAUUUACUCUGAAAAAUUGAAAAAAUCCGGAAAGUCGGAAUUUAUUUCGCUCAAAAACCGAAAAAUUUUCGAUUUUUUAACCCUAAAAACUAAAAAUUUACUUUUAACAUUAAAAAAAACGAAAAAAAUGAGAAUUCGUUAAAAAUUUGUUAUUUUAACCAAAAAAAUGCGAAAAAAAAUGAAACAAUUUUUUUUCGUUUUCUUUUUAAUUCUAAAUAUCCGAUUUUUCGUAAUUUUUUUCCCCAAAAUCCGAAAAAUAUUCUUUAAAACACGAAAAUCUACCAUUUUUCCAACAUAAACGACACCCUUGAUGCAAAACAAAUCCCUCUCUGUUAUCGACGUGAAAACGCGCUCCACGGCUAAUUGAAGGCGCUCCGCCCCCAGCACGAUGGGUCUCGUUAGGUUUCGAAUGCUUUCAAUUAGUUUUUUUUUUCGACUUUUUUGUUGAGUUUUCCAUUGGUAGAAAAAGUCGUUUAAAAUAUUGAAAACAUUUGAAUUGUCGAUUUUACCGCCAAAUACCUAACGAGACCCAACAUGGUUCAGGGGCGGAGCAUCUUGAAUUGGCAAUGGGGCGCGUUUUCAUGUAUAUAUAUUUAUCGAUUUUUUUCUUUUUUUUUUUAAAUCUAAAUAACUCUAACCUAUUUCGCAAUUGUCACCGCUUCUCCACUACUAUGGUCUCCUGUUGCAGCUGGUUUUUUUUUCUCAUUUUUCCAUGAAUUUUAUAAUUUAUCGUUUGA